AAACACUAUAAGAGGGUCCUGGCCAGCACCGUCACCAUCCAGAAGAACUACAGGGCUCACUUCUGGAGACGCGUGUUCCUGCGGCUCCGCACUGCAGCUGUCGUUCUCCAGAAACACCAACGUGGUCGGCUGGCCCGAGGCCUCUACCGCCAGCUCUCUGAGGAGAAGAGGAGGAGAGAGGAGGAGGAGAGAAGACAGAGGGAGGAGGAGAAGAGGAGGCUGGAAGAGGAGAUGAGACGAGAGGAGGAGGAGCGGAGGAGGAGAGAGGAAGAGGAGGAGGAAGAGAAACGGAGGGUGUUAGACCUGGAGGAGUUGAGGAGGAAGGAGGAGGAAAGACUGAGACUACAACAGGAGCAGGAAGCACUGAGGAGAAAAGAGGAGGAGCUUAGCAACAGACAGGAAGAGAAGAAGAACACUACAGCUAACAACAGGUACACCAACCAACACUGGUACUGUACUGUCAGCCAAUCACAAUCUCCCCCUGUCAGCCAAUGACAAUCUCCCCCUGUCAGCCAACAACACAUUGCUUUGUCUGCAAUACUGUCUUGAAUCUCCCCGUCUAAUCAUGUUCUUUCUCUUCUUCUCUCCAUUUAGGAACUCCCUGGGGAUGGAUUAUCUUGCUCCCCAUAAGGAGGUGUACCAUAAGGAGGUGUCCCUGUCCCACUCCCUGCACCCCCACACCUCAGAGGAGGAGUCCCGUCAGAUGGAGGAGAUCCUCCGGCUGGAGAAGGAGAUCGAGAGGCUGCAGCGCCAGAGGGAGGACGGGGUGUCCAUGUUAGGGGACGGCCUGGAAGGGAGCAGGGAGGAGCUCCGGCAGAGGAGGGACGCAGAGAUCUACAGGCUGGAGAAGGAGGCGUCUCGCGUUGCCACCGAGUUCCUGGAGCUCCUGGACUUUGGGGGUCUGGAACAGUGUCUGUCCAGCGAGGAGAACCUCCACGACCCCUCAGAGAGCACCACUCCCCUGGCCCGGGCCGAGGAGGUGGAGGAGUGUCCCAGUAGUGGUAUCCCCCUCCCUGACUUCCCUCUCCCUGCGGAGGUCCCUCUGGACCAGGAGCUGUUCUCCUCCCUCCCUCCCCCUCCUCCGGCCUUCGCUGAGGGUCUGGUAGCAAAGGCCCUGGCCCUCUCCCAGACCCCCUGUUGCCCCCCUGUUUACUCCCCUCUCACCUCCUAUGGUUCUAGUGCCCCUACACACCACCCUGCUCAUCCACCUCCUCUCCCUGCCCUCACCACCGGAGGAGGUAAAGCUUUGUGCCACCAACCCACCAGGAGAACAGAGGUGGCUCCAGACACCAACAGAGCACCCAGGAGAGGAGAGGUUAUACCCAACAGACCCUGCGCCAGGGUCGAUGUUAUGCCCACCGGGGUAGACGUUACUCCCACCACAGUACCUGAGGCUGUGCCAGUGAGAAGAGCAGGCAUAGUGCCCUCUAGAGGGGGGGCCAGGGAGGCCGGGGAGGCCAGGGAGGCCAGGGAGGCCGGGGAGGCCAGGGAGGCCAGGGAGGCCAGGGAGGCCGGGGAGGCCGGGGAGGCCGGGGAGGCCAGGGAGGCCGGGGCCAGGGAGGAUCUCCUUCAGCAUCCUACCAGACACAGAGUCAGACUAUGACCAGGAGGAGUUUGAGGAGGUGCAGGGGAGUACUGGCUCGGGAGACGCAGCCAGUAUCACGGACGGACAUGCUACUGAUGAGGAGGUGCUGAGGAAAUCAUCCUGUACUCAGAACAGCCUGGACUCCUUCAGAGGCAGCUCAGACUCUGUGAGUACUAGCGUGUUUACAUACUACACACUAGAUACUACAUACUGCAGCCCGGACUCCUUCAGAGGCAGCUGUACUGCGUUUAUAUUUUAGUCAUUUAGCAGACGCUCUUUUGGAGAUUGAUAUGCUGAAACAGUUCUACAAACUGAAAGAGUUAGAAGAGCGUUUUCCUUGAGCUUUUUUAGCCCACUCUGAUGGGGUGUUACAAGACAACGGAUUGGCCCCAGCCUUGUAUUGGCCCCAGCCUUGUAUUGGCCCCAGCCUUGUAUUGGCCCCAGCCUUGUAUUGGCCCCAGCCUUGUAUUGGCCCCAGCCUUGUAUUGGCCCCAGCCUUGUAUUGGCCCCAGCCUUGUAUUGGCCCCAGUACUCCUGUCUAUCUACAGCACAUAGAUAUGUUGGAUAUAAGUGCAUCCUUCUACAGCAUGUGUUUCACAGAACACAUCGCUCCCAGUCAUAUUGUUCUGGCUUGACGUGCUACAGCUAGAGCUGUUGUGGUGACCGUAUUACCGACACAAUCACGAGUCAUGGCAGCAGUCAAAUUCCACGUGACCUUCAGUCACAGUAAUCUCCUUUUCUGCACUCUAGACAUGCUUUGGCAGUACCUAACUUGCUAACUACCAUCCGAUCCUAAAGGCCUGGUACUCAGAGCUCUAUUGACCCUCUACCCAUCCGAUCCUAAAGGCCUGGUACUCAGGGCUCUAUUGACCCUCUACCUCUGACAGCAAUGCAAAUACAAUCGAAAAUCACUUCAAAUGCUUAUCAAAACAGUAGGCCUAUCAUACUUUUAAAACUCACCUCACUGUGAUGAUCAAUUUGAAGAAAGAAGUUCAACAGCAGGUUGAAACAGUGUAAAACAUGGUUGUUGUGGAUGUUGUUUCAAAGCCUAACAAUGAAAUGGACAGCGCUUUCUAAGGUGAUGAUUCAUUCAAAACACCCUUAUGGAUAUUACAGCUUAUGCAUAAGCAAGGGCCUGUAUUUGAGCCCAAGCCCAAAAAACCUGAAUUAAAAUUAUGAUUGUGCUGUUAUUAUGAUUGUGCUGUUAUACAAUACAUAGCCUACUGCAUAUUACACGAAAAACAUAAAACAGAACUGAUUUAAGAUGUCUUUGGUACAUAUUUGGUGUAGCAUAGGGAACUGCCCCCCCCCCCCCCCCCAAGUCAGGAUGAUAGAAUAAUACAACAGGUGCAAUUUCUAAAUGUGGUUGCAUCAGCAGUCACUCAAUUAGCCCUUUUUUUUUUUUUGAUUGGUAAGUUAGUCUAGCGGCCAGCUAUGUAAACUUGUAGUAAGCAUGGUCGAAUUACCGACCGGGGUGGGGCCCAUUUAUCAUCAGUUAUCAUAUUAAAAACUGCAAACAUUUGCCUCCACCCUAUGGCAAAAUGUGUAGAAUUGCAGGAAAUUAACUUUAAAACUGAAAAUGUUUCUCUUCCAUGUCACGAGGGGGGCCGCUAAAAUGUUUUGCUCGCAAGAUGGUGGUAUGGAUGUGGGUACGCAGACGAUGCUGUUGGUUCGUUGAUUGUGCAGGCCGGCUUACAGUUAGCCUACAAUUAUAGUGAAUUUGUAUUUGAUUUUGAAUAGCCUAGUAAUAGGGAAUUUAUAUUUUCAUAAUAAAUUGGAUGACACAUUAACUUUAACUAUACAGUACCAUGUGUUUCCAUCUCUUCCCCUCUCUCCUUCAUUCCUAUCUCCAGCGCGCACAGAGAGGGGCUGACAACAGUUAAAUGAAAUAUGUUUCGUUAUGAAAACAUUUUCAAAAAUGAAGCACAGGAACAGGGUUUUUGUGGAAUAUCACCUGUGGGGCAGGGUGGUCAUGCUCCUCCAACAGAGGUUGAUGUGUGGAGUGAAAUAAGUGUUCUUAUAUUUAUUAUCAGCUGCUCAUAUUAAGCACAUUCUCCGCUAUAAAACCGAAGUAGCCUACAAAAUGGACCCACGGGAAAGCAGCCUCCAUUCCCUAUUCUAGAUUAUAUGUAUUUUCUUUUCAUUCUAAGGGUUGUAUUAUUACAACUAUAAAACCGAAGUAGCCUCACUGAAAAACAGGCCGGCAGGAAUAUUAUUUAUAUUUUAUUCAGCUCAAUUCUAUUCUUCUUACUAUAAAAUCAUAUAUAAUAAAAUAAUGUCAUGGAUUUAUAAGCGUAUCUUGUCUGCUAAAUGAACAAGCCUACAGCCUAUGGCAUGGCGCAUAGACAUAACAUACAGUAGACCAACUCAUAUUCUGUUCUCCUGAAAUACAUUUUCUUCAUAUAAUGUUUCUUUAGACCUGACUAAAAUAAAUAAUGGAUUAAUUGUGAUGGUGUAUAUUAAAUUGGUUUAUUAGACUUUUCCACAGCCCUAAACUACAGCACGUUAAAGCACCCCUCUUGAUGUACUACAGCACAUGUUAAAGCAUGUAUCCCCUGUUAUCUAUAAUAGGAUGAGUUACUGUGGAAUACUUUAGCGGUGUGUACGUCUGUCUGUGGAUCACUGCCCAGAUACUGUCAGUCAGUUUGUCAGGGAGACGCUGAGAACUGGGAAGAAACACUGGCAACUCAGCAGAAUGGUUGAGGAAGGAUAGGAAGGAGGAUAGAUGGAGGGGAGGGUAGAGAGAGAGAGAGAGAUAUACGUAGAGAGAGAUAGCGUAGAUAGAUAGAGCGUCUCGAUCUCCUCUCUCUCUCUCUCUCUCUCUCGAGCCUUUUCCCCUUUUUUUUUUUUUUUUUUUUUUUCCCCCCCCCCCCCCCCCCCCCCCAAAAAAAAGGGAAAAGAGGGGUUUUAAAUUGGGGCAACUAUUCAGCAAAAUAAAGGAGCGGGUUUUAUUAAAGUCUCAGUCAUUCAUGGCUCUCAAUUCUUUCCCCAUUCUACUAGAAACCGUUCCCCUUGAAUCUCGGGUGGCGAAAAGUAUCCCUAUGGGUCAAAAAAAUUAUCCAUUAAUACAAAAUGAUAGACCUUUUGCAAAUAUACCUUUUGUGGCCCGGGCCCAGAUCUGUAAACCCUAACGAACCAACAUCCCCAGCUUGGUCCCCGAUCUGUAAACAUCCUUACAGAACCAUACUAUCCUAGCCUGGUCCCAGAUCUGUAACAUCCCUAACAGAACAUACUAUCCUAGCCUGGUCCCAGAUCUGUAACACCCUAACAGAACCAUAACCUUACAAUGUGGUCCAGAUCUGGUAAAGCAUGCUUAUAAGACAUACACACUAUCCUACCUGGUCCCAGAUCUGUUACUCACUAACAAAACCAUACUAUCCUACCUGGUCCCAGAUCUGUAACAUCACUAACAGAACCCAUACUAUCCUAUAUCAGAUCUGUUUGUGCUCAGGCUAGACAUUUAGCUGUGUAAUAAUAUGUCUAUGUAUGUGAUGUUCAGUUUAUAGACAGUGACACAAGCAGCACCGAUGGUUACGUGGACACAGACGAGGAGGUGUCCAAUGGCAGGGUGAACCUACUGAGCGGCUCUGGGCCUCCAUACUUCCACAGCUACCUCUACAUGAAGGGUGAGUACUGGGCCUCCAUACUUCCACAGCUACCUCUACAUGAAGGGUGAGUACAUUCACCAAUGGUACCCUAUUCCAUAUAGUGCACUACUCUUGACCAGGGCCCAUAGGGUCAAAAGAUGUGCACUAUAUAGGGGAUAGGGUGCCAUUUGAGACAGAUCCUAGAUUUACCAGACCACUGGUCGACAGGCAUGUUACAGGCACCUGUUAUGUUGUAGUGCACAGGGAGUCUAGCAGGCUUCUGUCUUAUCAAUCAAUUUUUCAAUCAAUUUUAUUUUAUAUAGCCCUUCUUACAUCAGCUAAUAUCUCGAAGUGCUGUACAGAAACCCAGCCUAAAACCCCAAACAGCUAGUAAUGCAGGUGUAGAAGCACGGUGGCUAGGAAAAACUCCCUAGAAAGGCAAAACCUAGGAAGAAACCUAGAGAGGAACCAGGCUAUGAGGGGUGGCCAGUCCUCUUCUGGCUGUGCCGGGUGGAGAUUAUAACAGAACCAUGCCAAGAUGUUCAAAAAUGUUCAUAAGUGACAAGCAUGGUCAAAUAAUAAUCAGGAAUAAAUCUCAGUUGGCUUUUCAUAGCCGAUCAUUAGAGUUUAAAACAGCAGGUCUGGGACAGGUAGGGGUUCCAUAACCGCAGGCAGAACAGUUUAAACUGGAAUAGCAGCAAGGCCAGGCGGACUGGGGACAGCAAGGAGUCACCACGGCCGGUAGUCCCGACGUAUGGUCCUAGGGCUCAGGUCUCUCAGUUGGCUUUUCAUAGCCGAUCAUUUAGAGUUGAAAACAGCAGGUCUGGGACAGGUAGGGGUUUCGUAGCCGCAGGCAGAACAGUUGAAACUGGAAUAGCAGCAAGGCCAGGCGGACUGGGGAUAGCAAGGUGUCAUCAUGCCCGGUAGUCCUGACGUAUGGUCCUAGGGCUCAGGUUCUCAGAGAGAAAGAGAGAACGAGAGAAUUAGAGAGAGCAUACUUAAAUUCACACAGGACACUGGAUAAGACAGGAGAAGUACUCCAGGUAUAACCAACUAACCCCAGCCCCCCGACACAUAAACUACUGCAGCAUAAAUACUGGAGGCUGAGACAGGAGCGGUCCGGAGACACUGUGGCCCCAUCCGAAGAAACCCCCGAUUCUGAUAUGAUUCCGAUAUGAUAUGAUUCCGAUAUGAUUCUCUAUAAGCGUAUGAUUGUCUUUCCUUAAACAAUCUAGCUUUACAUUCAAUAGAAAAUUAAUCGUCAUUGAUCGUCAUGGGUGUGCACUCAGAUAGGAGAAGCUUCUCCUCUAGAGGAGGAGAGAGAGAGAGAGAAUAGAGAGUCGAAGAGAGAGAGAGCGAGGAGAGAUUGAGCGAAAGAUUAGCGGAAGCGAGAUCGGGAAAAGCGCUUAGAGACAUCGAGACUCCUAUCUCUCUUUCUCUCUCCCACUCUCUCUUUCUCUCUCCCCUCUCUCUCUCUCUCUCUCUCUCUCUCUCUCUCUCUCUCUCUCUCUCUCUCUCUCUCUCACUCAAUUCAGUUCAAUUUAAUACACUUUAUUGGCAUGGAAAGUUAACUUUCCAUUCCAAACUUCCAUUGCCAAAGUAAACAUAUAACAAAGAUGGUGGAACAAGAGGUAAUAAGACAAUCUCUCUCCCAGGUGGUCUGAUGAUCCCGUGGAGACGGAGGUGGUGUGUGUUAAAGGAUGAGGUCUUCAUGUGGUUCAGGGCUAAGCAGGACAGUCUGAAGAGUGGCUGGCUGUAUAAGAAGGGAGGUGGCAUGUCCACUCUGUCCAGAAGGAACUGGAAGCAGCGCUGGUUCGUACUGAGAGAAGAUAAACUCAUGUACUUUGAGAACGACAGCGAGGAGAAACUGAAGGGGACCAUCGACAUCCGCUCUGCCAAGUAAGAACCUGGGCUGUGUCCCAAAUAGCACCCUAUUCCAUAUGUAGUGCACUACUUUAGACCAGGGCCCAUAGUGCUCCUGCACCCUAUUCCCUAUGUAGUGCACUACUUUAGACCAGGGCCCAUAGUGCUCCUGCACCCUAUUCCCUAUGUAGUGCACUACUUUAGACCAGGGCCCAUAGUGCUCCUGCACCCUAUUCCCUAUGUAGUGCACUACUUUAGACCAGGGCCCAUAGUGCUCCUGCACCCUAUUCCCUAUGUAGUGCACUACUUUUGAUGCUAUAGGCCUUUGUCAAAGAUAGUGCACUGUCUAGGUAAUAGGGUUCCGUUUGGACGCAAACCUGGUGUGACCUUUGGCCUACUGCAGCUGACCUCAUUUCCUAUUCCUGAUGGCAGUCCUCUCCAAUGCCUACUCCCUGUCUCUAACCUGUGGUGUCCCCAUCCCACUGUCUACAGGGACAUAGUGGAUAACCUGUCUCUAACCUGUGGUGUCCCCAUCCCACUGUCUACAGGGACAUAGUGGAUAACCUGUCUCUAACCUGUGGUGUCCCCAUCCCACUGUCUACAGGGACAUAGUGGAUAACCUGUCUCUAACCUGUGGUGUCCCCAUCCCACUGUCUACAGGGACAUAGUGGAUAACCUGUCUCUAACCUGUGGUGUCCCCAUCCCACUGUCUACAGGGACAUAGUGGAUAACCUGUCUCUAACCUGUGGUGUCCCCAUCCCACUGUCUACAGGGACAUAGUGGAUAACCUGUCUCUAACCUGUGGUGUCCCCAUCCCACUGUCUACAGGGACAUAGUGGAUAACCUGUCUCUAACCUGUGGUCCCAUCCCACUGUCUACAGGGACAUAGUGGAUAACCUGUCUCUAACCUGUGGUGUCCCCAUCCCACUGUCUACAGGGACAUAGUGGAUAACCUGUCUCUAACCUGUGGUGUCCCAUCCCACUGUCUACAGGGACAUAGUGGAUAACCUGUCUCUAACCUGUGGUGUCCCCAUCCCACUGUCUACAGGGACAUAGUGGAUAACCUGUCUCUAACCUGUGGUCCCAUCCCACUGUCUACAGGGACAUAGUGGAUAACCUGUCUCUAACCUGUGGUCCCAUCCCACUGUCUACAGGGACAUAGUGGAUAACCUGUCUCUAACCUGUGGUGUCCCCAUCCCACUGUCUACAGGGACAUAGUGGAUAACCUGUCUCUAACCUGUGGUGUCCCCAUCCCACUGUCUACAGGGACAUAGUGGAUAACCUGUCUCUAACCUGUGGUGUCCCCAUCCCACUGUCUACAGGGACAUAGUGGAUAACCUGUCUCUAACCUGUGGUGUCCCCAUCCCACUGUCUACAGGGACAUAGUGGAUAACCUGUCUCUAACCUGUGGUGUCCCCAUCCCACUGUCUACAGGGACAUAGUGGAUAACCUGUCUCUAACCUGUGGUGUCCCCAUCCCACUGUCUACAGGGACAUAGUGGAUAACCUGUCUCUAACCUGUGGUGUCCCCAUCCCACUGUCUACAGGGACAUAGUGGAUAACCUGUCUCUAACCUGUGGUGUCCCCAUCCCACUGUCUACAGGGACAUAGUGGAUAACCUGUCUCUAACCUGUGGUGUCCCCAUCCCACUGUCUACAGGGACAUAGUGGAUAACCUGUCUCUAACCUGUGGUGUCCCCAUCCCACUGUCUACAGGGACAUAGUGGAUAACCUGUCUCUAACCUGUGGUGUCCCCAUCCCACUGUCUACAGGGACAUAGUGGAUAACCUGUCUCUAACCUGUGGUGUCCCCAUCCCACUGUCUACAGGGACAUAGUGGAUAACCUGUCUCUAACCUGUGGUGUCCCCAUCCCACUGUCUACAGGGACAUAGUGGAUAACCUGUCUCUAACCUGUGGUGUCCCCAUCCCACUGUCUACAGGGACAUAGUGGAUAACCUGUCUCUAACCUGUGGUGUCCCCAUCCCACUGUCUACAGGGACAUAGUGGAUAACCUGUCUCUAACCUGUGGUGUCCCCAUCCCACUGUCUACAGGGACAUAGUGGAUAACCUGUCUCUAACCUGUGGUGUCCCCAUCCCACUGUCUACAGGGACAUAGUGGAUAACCUGUCUCUAACCUGUGGUGUCCCCAUCCCACUGUCUACAGGGACAUAGUGGAUAACCUGUCUCUAACCUGUGGUGUCCCCAUCCCACUGUCUACAGGGACAUAGUGGAUAACCAUGCGAAGGAGAAUGCUCUGAACAUCGUGACUGAAGAGAGAACCUACCACAUCUAUGCAGAGACUCCUGAAGACGCCAGGUAGGUUCAGAGACUCCUGAAGACGCCAGGUAGGUUCAGAGACUCCUGAAGACGCCAGGUAGGUGCAGAGACUCCUGAAGACGCCAGGUAGGUUCAGAGACUCCUGAAGACGCCAGGUAGGUUCAGAGACUCCUGAAGACGCCAGGUAGGUUCAGAGACUCCUGAAGACGCCAGGUAGGUUCAGAGACUCCUGAAGACGCCAGGUAGGUUCAGAGACUCCUGAAGACGCCAGGUAGGUUCAGAGACUCCUGAAGACGCCAGGUAGGUUCAGAGACUCCUGAAGACGCCAGGUAGGUUCAGAGACUCCUGAAGACGCCAGGUAGGUUCAGAGACUCCUGAAGACGCCAGGUAGGUUCAGAGACUCCUGAAGACGCCAGGUAGGUUCAGAGACUCCUGAAGACGCCAGGUAGGUUCAGAGACUCCUGAAGACGCCAGGUAGGUUCAGAGACUCCUGAAGACGCCAGGUAGGUUCAGAGACUCCUGAAGACGCCAGGUAGGUUCAGAGACUCCUGAAGACGCCAGGUAGGUUCAGAGACUCCUGAAGACGCCAGGUAGGUUCAGAGACUCCUGAAGACGCCAGGGUAGGUUCAGAGACUCCUGAAGACGCCAGGUAGGUUCAGAGAGUCCUGAAGACGCCAGGUAGGUUCAGAGAGUCCUGAAGACGCCAGGUAGGUUCAGAGACUCCUGAAGACGCCAGGUAGGUUCAGAGACUCCUGAAGACGCCAGGUAGGUUCAGAGACUCCUGAAGACGCCAGGUAGGUUCAGAGACUCCUGAAGACGCCAGGUAGGUUCAGAGACUCCUGAAGACGCCAGGUAGGUUCAGAGGACUCCUGAAGACGCCAGGUAGGUUCAGAGACUCCUGAAGACGCCAGGUAGGUUCAGAGACUCCUGAAGACGCCAGGUAGGUUCAGAGACUCCUGAAGACGCCAGGUAGGUUCAGAGACUCCUGAAGACGCCAGGUAGGUUCAGAGACUCCUGAAGACGCCAGGUAGGUUCAGAGACUCCUGAAGACGCCAGGUAGGUUCAGAGACUCCUGAAGACGCCAGGUAGGUUCAGAGACUCCUGAAGACGCCAGGUAGGUUCAGAGACUCCUGAAGACGCCAGGUAGGUUCAGAGACUCCUGAAGACGCCAGGUAGGUUCAGAGACUCCUGAAGACGCCAGGUAGGUUCAGAGACUCCUGAAGACGCCAGGUAGGUUCAGAGACUCCUGAAGACGCCAGGUAGGUUCAGAGACUCCUGAAGACGCCAGGUAGGUUCAGAGACUCCUGAAGACGCCAGGUAGGUUCAGAGACUCCUGAAGACGCCAGGUAGGUUCAGAGACUCCUGAAGACGCCAGGUAGGUUCAGAGACUCCUGAAGACGCCAGGUAGGUUCAGAGACUCCUGAAGACGCCAGGUAGGUUCAGAGACUCCUGAAGACGCCAGGUAGGUUCAGAGACUCCUGAAGACGCCAGGUAGGUUCAGAGACUCCUGAAGACGACCAGGUAGGUCAGAGCCUACCUGAAGACGCCAGGUAGGUUCAGAGACUCCUGAAGACGCCAGGUAUGGUUUCAGAAGAACUCCUGAAGACGCCAGGUAUGUUCAGAGACUCCUGAAGACGCCAGGUAGGUUCAGACUACGACAGCACACCGGCAGUCAUGAUUCAUUACCGCAGUAAAAUUCUACAUGACUGUUGAGUCACGGUAAUCUCCUCGUAGCCUACCCAACUCACUAACUACCAUCAGGUCCUGAUGGCCUGGGACUCAGGGCUCUAUUGGCCCUCUGACCAUCAGGUCCUGAUGGCCUUGGUACUCAGGGCUCCUAUUGGGCCCUCUGACCAUCAGGUCCUAAUGGGCCUGGUACUCAGGGAUCUAUUGGCCCCUCUAACCAUCAGGUUCCUAAUGGCCUGGUACUCAGGGCUCUAUUGGCCCUCUAACCAUCAGGUCCUGGAUGGCCAUGGGAACUCAGGGCCUCUAUUGGCCCUCUAACCAUCGGUCCUAAUGGCCUGGGACUCAGGGCUCUAUUGGCCCUCUAACCAUCAGGUCCUAAUGGCCUGGUACUCAGGGCUCUAUUGGCCCUCUAACCAUCAGGUCCUGAUGGCCUGGUACUCAGGGCUCUAUUGGCCCUCUAACCAUCAGGUCCUGAUGGCCUGGUACUCAGGGCCCUAUUGUCCCUCUAACCAUCAGGUCCUGAUGGCCUGGUACUCAGGGCUCUAUUGUCCCUCUAACCAUCUGGUCCUGAUGGCCUGGUACUCAGGGCUAUUGUCCCUCUAACCAUCGGGUCCUAAUGGCCUGGUACUCAGGGCUCUAUUGUCCCUCUAACCAUCAGGUCCUAAUGGCCUGGUACUCAGGGCUCUAUUGUCCCUCUAACCAUCAGGUCCUAAUGGCCUGGUACUCAGGGCUCUAUUGGCCCUCUAACCAUCAGGUCCUAAUGGCCUGGUACUCAGGGCUCUAUUGGCCCUCUAACCAUCAGGUCCUAAUGGCCUGGUACUCAGGGCUCUAUUGUCCCUCUAACCAUCAGGUCCUAAUGGCCUGGUACUCAGGGCUCUAUUGUCCCUCUAACCAUCAGGUCCUAAUGGCCUGGUACUCAGGGCUCUAUUGUCCCUCUAACCAUCAGGUCCUAAUGGCCUGGUACUCAGGGCUCUAUUGUCCCUCUAACCAUCAGGUCCUAAUGGCCUGGUACUCAGGGCUCUAUUGUCCCUCUAACCAUCAGGUCCUAAUGGCCCGGUACUCAGGGCUCUAUUGUCCCUCUGACCACUCUGUCAUCACUACAAAUGCAAUUGAAAAUCAAAUCAAACACAUAAUCAAAACAGUAUGUGAUUGAAGAAAGAUUUGAAGAAAGAACAGUGUAAAACAUGGUUGUUGGGGAUGUUGUUUCAAAGCCUAACAAUGAAAUGGACAGCGCUUUCUAAGGUAAUGAUUCAUUCAAAACACCCUUACGGAUAUUACAGCUUAUGCAUAAGCAAGGGCCUGUAUAUGAGCCCAAGGCCGAAAAAAAAACCUGAAUUAAAAUUAUGUGGCCUCCAUUCGCUUCUCCAGUACAUACGGAUGACAAGUCGGUUUUACAUUUACAUUUUAGUCAUUUAGCAGACGCUCUUAUCCAGAGCGACUUACAGUUACUGAAUACAUAUUUUUUUAUACUGGCCCCCCGUGGGAAUCGAACCCACAACCCUGGUGUUGCAAACACCAUGCUCUAUCAACUGAGCUACAUCCCUGCCGGCCAUUCCCUCCCCUACCCUGGACAACGCUGGGCCAAUUGUGCGCCGCCCAUGAGUCUCCCGGUCGCGGCCGGCUGCGACAGAGCCUGGAUUCGAACCAGGAUCUCUAGUGGCACAGUUUGCACUGCGAUGCAGCGCCUUAGACCACUGCACCACUCAGGAGCCAGAUUUCCCCUGCCCCUGGUCCUGCCCAUUUGAUAAUGGGCCAUUCUAAAUCUAAACUAAUUGUACAUAUUAGUAAAGACAAGAUUAAAUUGAGAAAAGUCUGAUGGGUGAUAAUAUGAUCACUUGAUGAGAGAACAGCGUGUACAGCCUGAGGCAAGGAACAGAGCACACUUUUUUUUGCGACUUUCUCAAGUCAUCAAUAGCCUAUAAUCGCAUCAUGCAGCCCAUAUAUAUAUAUAUAUAUAUACACUACCAUUCAAAAGUUUGGGGUCACUUAGGAAUGUCCUUGUUUUUGAAAGAAGAGGAAUUUUUUGUCCAUUAAAAUAACAUAAAAUUGAUCAGAAAUAGAGUGUAGACAUUGUUAAUGUUGUAAAUGGCUAUUGUAGCUGGAAAUGGCUGAUUUUUAAUGGAAUAUCUACAUAGGCGUACAGAGGCCCAUUAUCAGCAACCAUCAGUCCUGUGCUCCAAUGGCACGUUGUGUUUGCUAAUCCAAGUUUAUCAUUUUAAAAGGCAAAUUGAUAAUUAGAAAACCCUUUUGCAAUUAUGUUAGCACAGCUGAAAACUGUUGUGCUGAUUAAAGAAGCAAUAAAACUGGCCUUCUUGAGACUAGUUGAGUAUCUGGAGCAUCAGCAAUUCUGGGUUCGAUUACAGGCUCAAAAUGGCCAGAAACAAAUAACUUUAUUCUGAAACUCAUCAGUCUAUUCUUGUUCUGAGAAAUGAAGGCUAUUCCAUGCGAGAAAUUGCCAAGAAACUGAUGAUCUCGUACAACGCUGUGUAUAACUCCCUUCACAGAACAGCGCAAACUGUCUCUAACCAGAAUAGAAAGAGGAGUGGGAGGCCCCGGUGCACAACUGAGCAAGAGGACAAAUACAUUAGAGUGUCUAGUUUGAGAAACAGACGCCUCACAGGUCCUCAACUGGCAGCUUCAUUAAAAAGUACCCGCAAAACACCAGUCUCAACGUCAACAGUGAAGAGGCGACUCCGGGAUGCUGACCUUCUAGGCAGAGUUGCAAAGAAAAAGCCAUAUCUCAGACUGGCCAAUAAAAAGAAAAGAUUAAGAUGGGCAGUCUGAGAUAUGGCUUUUUCUUUGCUGAGUCGUGUCCACAGUGCCAGUCCAGAACAGCUGAUGCAGAUACACCAUGAGCAGGCAAACCCCAAGAACGCUGUGGUCAGUAUCCCCUCCAUCACAUCAGUGGAGGCUCCUCAGAGGAGGAAUAAAAACAGUGAAAUAUUAAAAGUGAUCCUUUUUAGAUAAAACUAUUCUAAAUAUAUUCACGUCACCAAAUAACUGAUUAAAGCACACUGUUUUGCAAUGGUCUCCAGUAGCCUCCGCAGCACACUCUAGGGUAGCACCAUGCUCUAGGGUAGCUCUAGGGUAGCACCAUGCUGUGGCCGGAGGACAGCUAUCAUAUGCAUCAGAGGCUUGUAUGAGUGGAGCCUGGAGAUGCCAAACAUGUUUAUGUUAAUUUACAGUCAAUUACCAUGAGACCAGCAGGCUUUUGCAUGACAAUAACCGGCUGACAACAUGUCAUGACCACCACAGCCCUAGUUCAGACUCUAACCCUCUUCUGUCCAGACUCUAGCCCUCUUCUGUCCAGGGUCUAGCCCUCUUCUGUCCAGACUCUAGCCCUCUUCUGUCCAGGGUCUAGCCCUCUUCUGUCCAGGGUCUAGCCCUCUUCUGUCCAGGGUCUAGCCCUCUUCUGUCCAGGGUCUAGCCCUCUUCUGUCCAGACUCUAGCCCUCUUCUGUCCAGGGUCUAGCCCUCUUCUGUCCAGGGUCUAGCCCUCUUCUGUCCAGGGUCUAGCCCUCUUCUGUCCAGGGUCUAGCCCUCUUACUGUCCAGGGUCUAGCCCUUCUGUCCAGGGUCUAGCCUCUUCUGUCCAGGGUCUAGCCUCUUCUGUCCAGAUCUAGCCUGUUCUGUCAGGUCUAGCCCUCUUCUGUCCAGGGUCUAGCCCUUUCUGUCCAGGGUCUAAUCUACAACCCAUGGAACUAUAGAAUCAGACAGCAGUCUGUUAGAACAUGCCUUUACACAGAGUGAUAGAGGGUCUGUUAGUAGCUGGUGGAUGGGUCUGUUAGUAGCUGGUGGAUGGGUCUGUUAGUAGCUGGUGGAUGGGUUGUUAGUAGCUGGUGAGAUGGGUCUGUUAGUAGCUGGUGAUGGGUCUGUUAGUAGCUGGGAUGGUUGUGCUGUGAUGUCGUAGCUGGUGAUGGGUCUGUUAGUAGCUGGUAGAUGGGUCUGUUAGUAGCUGGUGAUGGGUCUGUUAGUAGCUGGUAGAUGGGUCUGUUAGUAGCUGGUAGAUGGGUCUGUUAGUAGCUGGUAGAUGGGUCUGUUAGUAGCUGGUAGAUGGGUCUGUUAGUAGCUCGUAGAUGGGUCUGUUAGUAGCUGGUGAUGGGUCUGUUAGUAGCUGUAGAUGGGUCUGUUAGUAGCUGGUAGAUGGGUCUGUUAGUAGCUGGUAGAUGGGUCUGUUAGUAGCUGGUAGAUGGGUCUGUUAGUAGCUGGUGAUGGGUCUGUUAGUAGCUGGUAGAUGGGUCUGUUAGUAGCUGGUAGAUGGGUCUGUUAGUAGCUGGUAGAUGGGUCUGUUAGUAGCUGGUGGAUGGGUCUGUUAGUAGCUGGUGAUGGUCUGUUAGUAGCUGGUAGAUGGGUCUGUUAGUAGCUGGUAGAUGGGUCUGUUAGUAGCUGGUAGAUGGGUCUGUUAGUAGCUGGUGGAUGGGUCUGUUAGUAGCUGGUGAUGGGUCUGUUAGUAGCUGGUAGAUGGGUCUGUUAGUAGCUGGUAGAUGGGUCUGUUAGUACUCGUAGGGUUUAAGGGGGGGUCUGUUAGUAGCUGGUGAUGGGUCUGUUAGUAGCUGGUAGAUGGGUCUUGUUAGUAGUGGGAUGGGUCUGUUAGUAGCUGGUAGAUGGGUCUGUUAGUAGCUGGUGGAUGGGUCUGUUAGUAGCUGGUGGAUGGGUAUGUUAGUAGAUGGGGAUGGGUCUGUAGUAGCUGGUGGAUGGGUCUGUGAGGGCUGGUAGAUGGGUCUGUUAGUAGCUGGUAGAUGGGUCUGUUAGUAGCUGGUGGAUGGGUCUGUUAGUAGCUGGUAGAUGGGUCUGUUAGUAGCUGGUAGAUGGGUCUGUUAGUAGCUGGUAGAUGGGCCUUUGAUGCUGCUAUGAAAAUAAUGUAUAGAUGUUGUAUUACCCCUAGUGGUCCACCAGUGUUGUGUAGAUGUUGUAUUACCCCCUAGUGGUCCACCAGUGUAUAGAUGUUGUAUUUCCCCCUAGUGGUCCACCAGUGUAUUGCUCUGUGGAAUCCUUACCUCUCUCCUCCUCAUUCUCUCCCUCUAGUGGCUGGUUCAACGUGCUGAGUCGUGUCCACAGUGCCAGUCCAGAACAGCUGAUGGAGAUACACCAUGAGCAGGCAAACCCCAAGAACGCUGUGGUCAGUAUCCCCUCCAUCACAUCAGGGGAGGCUCCUCAGAGGAGGAAGGGGAGGAAUAAAAACAGUGAAAUAUUAUAAGUGAUCCUUUUUAGAUAAAACUAUUCUAAAUAUAUUCACAUGUCACCAAAUAACUGAUUAAAGCACACUGUUUUGCAAUGGUCUACAGUAGCCUCAACAACCCUCUGUAGGGUAGCACCAUGGUGUAGCCGGAGGACAGCUAUUUUUCGUCCUCCUCUGGGUACAUUGACUUCAAUACAAAACAUAGGAGGCUCAUGUUUCUCACGCCCUUCCAUAGACUUACACAGUAAUUAUGACGACUUCCGGAGGUCGUCCUCCAACCUAUCAGAGCUCUUGCACCAUGAAAUGACAUGUUGUCCACCACAGGAGAUUGGUGGCACCUUAAUUGGGGAGAACAGGCUUGUGGUAAAAACUGGAGCGGGAGAAGUGGAAUGGUAUCAAAUACAUCAAACACAUGGUUUCCAGGGGUUUGAUGCCAUUCCAUUUGCUCCAUUCUGGCCAUUUUCCCCUCAAAAGCCUCCUGUGUCCACCCAAUCAAAGGAUCAGAGAAUAAAUCUAGUACUGAAAGCAUAAGCUACAGCUAGCUAGCACUGCAGUGCAUAAAAUGUGGUGAGUAGUUGACUCAAAGAGAGAGAAAGACAAUAGUUGAACAGUUUUGAACAAAUUAAUUUCUUCAAAAUUAAGAACUGUGAGAGACGGAAUCUAAAACAAAAAUCCAGAAAAUCACAUUGUAUGAUUUUUAAGUAAUUCAUUUGCAUUUUAUUGCAAGUUUCUCACAGUUGAAGUGCACCUAUGAUAAAAAUUACAGACCUCUACAUGCUUUGUAAGUAGGAAAACCUACAAAAUCGGCAGUGUAUCAAAUACUUGUUCUCCCCACUGUAUAAAUUAUGAAAUUAACAGCGACAACAACAACACAUUUCUGUCUGUCUGUCGAUCUGUCUGUCUGUUGUGGUGGAAAUUCUAACCAGAAGAAGAGAGACUGUAGAUUUCUUCAAACACCAACUUUAUUAUAGAAUUUGCAAAAAUUGAGCAAUCAACAAUCACUUAAAUAGUUCAGAGUUGAAAAGCCCAACGAAUAGAGUUGUCUCUCAGCUUUUAUAGAAAGAGUACAUUUUACAUUUACAUUUUAGUCAUUUAGCAGACGCUCUUUUCCAGAGCGACUUACAGUUAGUGAGUGCAUACGUUAUUUAAUUUUUCAUACUGGCCCCCCGUGGGAAUCGAACCCACAACCCUGGCGUUGCAAACGCCAUGCUCUACCAACUGAGCUACAUCCCUGCCGGCCAUUCCCUCCCCUACACUGGACCAAUUGUGCGCCGCCCCAUGGGUCUCCCGGUCGCGGCCGGCUACGACAGAGCCUGGAUUCGAACCAGGAUCUCUAGUGGCACAGCUAGCACCGCGAUGCAGUGCCUUAGACCACUGCGCCACUCGGUAGGCCCGAGUACCACCUCUUUUGUCUACGUGGCAGUUAGUAGAUAUGUGGAAACAGGGGCGGAACAUAGGUUAAAAGGCGAUUGGUUUGUCUGUGCAGAUUAAGAUAGCCCGAGGUUGAUAGCACGAGGGCUCAACCGUCUAACUAUAUUUGUCACAGCUCACACUAUAAUGUGCUCCUUCCUGCAAGUUUCCAUUCAGCUGACUUCCUGCAGAUAGUAAAACCACGGGAUGUCUCCCAUGCUGCAGUCACACCCAAACGGAUCUUAGCUAUACGCCCAGUCUUAUGACUAAGUCACACAAAGACAAGUUUGUAUCAGGUUAGAAACACUAGCAUAUAACCAGAGACAAUUCUCUAAGUAGUAAAACACGGGAUAGCAUGACUAAUUAAUUAAUUAUCCACCAUACUGUCGAUCAAUCAAUCGCCAUCUCUAGGAGUUACAGACUUGCAGUGUUCAUGAUGUUUGACAAUAUGACAAUAUUCUGUAUUCAAAAUAUAUUUGCAGGGAACUGUGGAUGUUGGACUGAUCGACUCUGUGUGCGCCUCAGACAACCCAGACAGACCCAACUCGUUUGUUAUCAUCACUGCUAACCGUGUUAUCCACUGCAACACUGAGAUGCCUGAAGAGAUGCACCACUGGAUCGGCCUGCUGCAGAAACCUAAAGGAGACGCCAGAAUAGACGGACAGGAUUUCCUCGUCAGAGGUUAGUGACAUACUCACCUGUACCCAUACGUACCUGUAUCCAUUCUUACCUGUAUCCAUUCUUACCUGUAUCCAUUCUUAUCCAUACGUACCUGUAUCCAUUCUUACCUGUAUCCAUUCUUACCUGUAUCCAUUCUUAUCCAUACGAACCUGUAUCCAUUCUUAUCGAUACGUACUUGUAUCCAUUCUUAUCCAUACAAACCUGUAUCCAUUCUUAUCCAUUCUUACCUGUAUCCAUUCUUAUCUGUAUCCAUUCUUAUCCAUACGUACCUGUAUCCAUUAUCGAUACGUACUUGUAUCCAUUCUUAUCCAUACAAACCUGUAUCCAUUCUUAUCCAUUCUUACCUGUAUCCAUUCUUAUCUGUAUCCAUUCUUACCCAUACGUACCUGUAUCCAUUCUUAUCGAUACAUACUUGUAUCCAUUCUUAUCCAUACAACCUGUAUCCAUUCUUAUCCAUUCUUACCUGUAUCCAUUCUUAUCCAUUCUUACCUGUAUCCAUUCUUAUCCAUUCUUACCUGUAUCCAUUCUUAUCCAUUCUUACCUGUAUCCAUUCUUAUCCAUUCUUACCUGUAUCCAUUCUUAUCCAUUCUUACCUGUAUCCAUUCUUAUCCAUUCUUACCUGUAUCCAUUCUUACCCAUACGUACCUGUAUCCAUUCUUAUUGAUACGUACUUGUAUCCAUUCUUAUCUGUAUCCAUUCUUAUCCAUACGUACCUGUAUCCAUUAUCGAUACGUACUUGUAUCCAUUCUUAUCCAUACAAACCUGUAUCCAUUCUUAUCCAUUCUUACCUGUAUCCAUUCUUAUCUGUAUCCAUUCUUACCCAUACGUACCUGUAUCCAUUCUUAUCGAUACAUACUUGUAUCCAUUCUUAUCCAUACAACCUGUAUCCAUUCUUAUCCAUUCUUACCUGUAUCCAUUCUUAUCCAUUCUUACCUGUAUCCAUUCUUAUCCAUUCUUACCUGUAUCCAUUCUUAUCCAUUCUUACCUGUAUCCAUUCUUAUCCAUUCUUACCUGUAUCCAUUCUUAUCCAUUCUUACCUGUAUCCAUUCUUACCCAUACGUACCUGUAUCCAUUCUUAUCCAUUCUUACCUGUAUCCAUUCUUAUCUGUAUCCAUUCUUAUCCAUACGUACCUGUAUCCAUUAUCGAUACGUACUUGUAUCCAUUCUUAUCCAUACAAACCUGUAUCCAUUCUUAUCCAUUCUUACCUGUAUCCAUUCUUAUCUGUAUCCAUUCUUACCCAUACGUACCUGUAUCCAUUCUUACCUGUAUCCAUUCUGACCCAUAAUUACCUGUAUGGUGUCUGUAAGGUGAUAUUACACUGGGCAGUACUUGAGCAAAAAGUGGAGUUACCCUUUUGAAAAAGAUUAUCUUAUAAUAGAUAUGCCAAUGUCUCCUGAGUGGCGCAGUGGUCUAAGGCACUGCAUCGCAGUGCUAACUGUGCCACUAGAGAUCCUGGUUCGAAUCCAGGCUCUGUCGCAGCCGGCCGUGACCGGGAGACUCAUGGGCGGCGCACAAUUGGCCCAGCGUCGUCCAGGGUAGGGGAGGGAAUGGCCGGCAGGGAUGUAGCUUAGUUGAUAGAGCAUGGCAUUUGCAAUGCCAGGGUUGUGGGUUCGAUUCCCACGGGGGGCCAGUAUAAAAAAAAAAAAAUGUAUUCACUAACUGUAAGUCGCUCUGGAUAAGAGCGUCUGCUAAAUGACUAAAAUGUAAAUGUAAUAUACUGUAUCAUUAUUUCUACAGUCAGUUUGUGGUCUGUUCUCAGUACGGGACAUAACCUUAGUGUCCUCAUAGUUAACCCUUCUCUCUCUCUUCCCAGGUUGGCUACACAAGGAGAUCAGGGCUAAGAGCACUAAUCUGAAGCUGAAGAAGAGAUGGUUUGUUUUAACCUCGAACUCUCUGGACUACUACAAGUCUUCAGAGCGCAGUAUGUCCAAGCUGGGGACCCUGGUCCUCAACAGUCUCUGCUCUGUGGUCCAGCCCGACGAGAAGGUCUUCAAGGACACAGGUAGGUAGAGACAGAGAAUACGACUCUGGUCAAAAGUAGUGUGCUAUGUAGGCAGUAAGGUUCCAUUUAGGAGAGUAGUGGUCUGUGCUGCACAAUGCAUUUCUAGCCUGGUCCCAGAUGUGUUUUUGCUGUCUUGCCAUCUCCUAUUAGUCACAAUGACCAUAGGAGUUGUCAAGACAACACAAACACAUCUGGGACCAGGCUAAUGCAUUCCAUCAAGUAUGUAUCUGUCCACCAUAUCAUCACAUAUAUACAGUGCCUUCGGAAAGUAUUCAGACCCCUUGACCUUUUCCACAUUCUGUUACGUUACAGCCUUAUUCUACAAUGGAUUAAAUAAAUAAAAAUCCUCAGCAGUCUAUACACAAUACCCCGUAAUAACAAAGCGAAAACAGGUUUUUAGAAACUUUUGCUAAUUCACUAAAAGUAAAAAACAGAAAUACCUUAGUUACAUAAGUAUUCAGACCCUUUGCUAUGAGACUCGAAAUUGAGCUCAGGUGCAUCCUGUUCCCAUUGAUCAUUCUUCAGAUGUUUCUACAACUUGAUUGGAGUCCUCUGUGGUAGAUUCAAUUGAUUGGACAUGAUUUGGAAAGGCACACACCUGUCUAUAUAAGGUCCCACAGUUGACAGUGCAUGUCAGAGCAAAAACCAAGCCAUGAGGUCGAAGGAAUUGUCCUUGGAGCUCCGAGAAAAAAAUGUCUGCAGCAUUGAAGGUCCCCAAGAACACAGUGGCCUCCAUCAUUCUUGAAUGGAAGAACUUUGGAACCACCAAGUCUCCUCCUAUAGCUGGCCACCCGGCCAAAUGGAGCAAACGGGGGAGAAGGGCCUUGGUCAGGGAGGUGACCAAGAACCCGAUGGUCACUCUGACAGAGCUCUAGAGUUCCUCUGUGGAAAUGGGAGAACCUUCCAGAAGGACAACCAUCUCUGCAGCACUCCACCAAUCAGGCCUUUAUGGUGAAGUGGCCAGACGGAAGCCACUCCUCAGUAAAAGGCACAUGACAGCCCACUUGGAGUUUGCCAAAAGGCACCUAAAGACUCUCAGACCAUGAAAAACAAGAUUCUCUGGUCUGAUGAAACCAAGAUUGAACUCUUUGGCCUGAAUGCCAAGCAUCACGUCUGGAUAAAACCUGGCACCAUCCCUAUGGUGAAGCAUGGUGGUGGCAGCAUCAUGCUGUGGGGAUGUUUUUCAGCGGCAGGGACUGGGAGACUAGUCAGGAUCGAGGGAAAGAUGAACGGAGCAAAGUACAGAGCGAUCCUUGAUGAAAACCUGCUCCAGAGCGCUCAGGACAUCAGACUGGGGCGAAGGUUCACUUUCCAACAGCACAACAACCCUAAGCACACAGCCAAGACAACGCAGGAGUGGCUUCGGGACAAAGUCUCUGAAUGUCCUUGAGUGGCCGAGCCAGAGCCCGGACUUGAACCUGAUCAAACAUCUCUGGAGAGACCUGAAAAUAGUUGUGCAGCGACGCUCCCCAUCCAACCUGACAGAUCUUGAGAGGAUCUGCAGAGAGGAAUGGGAGAAACUCCCCAAAUAGGUGUGCCAAGCUUGUAGCAUCAUACCCAAGAAGACUCGAGGCUGUAAUCGCUGCCAAAGGUGCUUCAACAAAGUACUGAGUAAAUGGUCUGAAAACGUAUGUAAAUGUGAUUUUUCCGUUUUUUAUUUUUAAUACAUUUGCAAACAUUUCUAAAAAACUGUUUUUGCUUUGACAUCAUGGGGUAUUGUGUGUAGAUUGAUGAGGGGAAAAAACGAUUUAAUGAAUUUUAGAAUAAGGCUGUAACUUAACAAAAUGUGGAAAAAGUCAAGGGGUCUGAAUACUUUCCGAAGGCACUGUAGAUAUAUAUCACCCUAAGAAUGCUGUGCUAUCCUACUACUUGAAUGCUACUUGAAUCACUCAGUAUGUGUCAAAAUAGUGAACUACAUAGGAAAAAGGGUGCCAUUUUUUUUUUGUGAUGCAAAAUCUUAAACUUCCUUCCUGUCUCUCCCCCCCAGGUUACUGGAGCAUCGUCGUCCACGGCCGUAAACACUCGUACCACCUCUACACCAAACUACUGAACGAGGCUAUGCGCUGGGCGUCGGCCAUGCAGGGGGUUAUCGACAGCAAGGUUCCCAUAGAGACACCCACACAGCAACUCAUCAGGGACAUCAAGGUACAGCCAAUCACCAGCCUGCAUACUGAGAUGUGGUCAUUUUAUGUCAGAUGAAGCCUGGUCCCAGAUCUGUUUGUCCUAUCUUGCCAACUUCUAUGUCAUUGUUAUAUUGUGCCUACAGAGAGAGGGACCAGGCUCAAGAGAUGCUAGUGAUGAUGAAGGAAAUAGAGGCAUACCUCUGACUUUUGACCUGUAACCCCUGACCUUUGUCCCCCCCAGGAGAGCAGUCUGAACGUGGAGGCUGUGGAACAGAUGUACUGGAGGAACCCUAUCCUCAGAUAUACCCAGCACCCCCUCCACUCCCCCCUGCUGCCUCUACCUUACGGGGAGGUCAACAUCCACCGUGAGUUGUUCACCUAUAAGACUACAGCUAGUUUAUAUUUUACACUGCAAGGACUUGAUUUACUUAUUUUAGCUCCUAGUGGAGCAAAGGGUCUCAAGCAUAUAGUUGACUACAAUUGUAUCAACCAUUCUGCUAGAAAUUAAAUGCGUAAAGCAGUGACCACCGUAACUCUCUCUUUCUCUUUCACUCUCUCUCUCUCUCUCUCUCCCCUCCCUCUCUCCACAGUCCAAAAGGAGAAGGGCUAUGCCAGCCUGCAGGACGAGGCAGUGAAGAUCUUCAACUCUCUGCAGGAGAUGGAGGCAGUGUCCGACCCGGUCCCGAUCAUCCAGGGCAUCCUCCAGACCUGCCACGACCUGCGCCUGCUCCGAGACGAGGUCUACUGCCAGCUCAUCAAACAGACCAAUCACGUGCCUCAGCCCAACAGCUCAGCCAAUCGUGCCCACUGGCACCUCCUCACCUGUAUGAGCUGUACCUUCCUGCCCAGCCGGGGCAUCGUGCGCUACCUCAGGUUCCACCUUAAAAGGUACUUUUACCUCAGGUUCCACCUUAAAAGGUACUUUUACCUCAAGUACCACCGUAAAAGGUACUUUUACCACAAGUUCCAACUUAAAGGGUACUUUUACCUCAGGUUCCACCUCAAAGGGUACUUUUACCACAAGUUCCACCUUAAAAGGUACUUUUACCUCAAGUUCUAUGCAUAUAACAUUUCAAAACGCAAUUGCUGGGAAAACACAGCGUUGGACGCUUCAUCCCCUUGUCCCUGUUGAAGAGAGGAGGGUCUCAGCUUUCUGUAGGUAUAUAUUUUUUCUCAACUCUCAAAAUUCAGCUCAAUAGCAACUAUUUUAAAACCAAGAUAUUUGAUAUGACUUAAAUUGGCUUUGAGAUAUGGAGCGGCGCACGUGAAAAAUGCGCACUGGCCUGUACAGCGCCUUGCAAAAGUAUUCAUCCCCCUUGCCGUUUUUCCUAUUUUGUUGCAUUACAACCUGUAAUUUAAAUGGAUUUUUAUUUGGAUUUCAUGUAAUGGACAGACACAAAAUAGUCCAAAUUGGUGAAGUGAAAUUAAAAAAAUAACUUGUUUCAAAACACCUGUUCUGAAAGGCCCCAGAGUCUGCAACACCACUAAGCAAGGGGCACCAUGAAGACCAAGGAGCUCUCCAAACAGGUCAGGGACAAAGUUGUGGAGAAGUACAGAUCAGGGUUGGUUUAUAAAAAAAUAUCAGAAACUUUGAACAUCCCACGGAGCACCAUUAAAUCCAUUAUUAAAAAAUGGAAAGAAUAUGGCACCACAACGAACCUGCCAAGAGAGGGCCGCCCACCAAAACUCACGAACCAGUCAAGGAGGGCAUUAAUCAGAGAGGCAAAAAAGACACCAAAGAUAACCCUGAAGGAGCUGCAAAGCUCCACAGCGGAGAUUGGAGUAUCUGUCCAUAGGACCACUUUAAGCCGUACACUCCACAGAGCUGGGCUUUACGGAAGAGUGGCCAGAAAAAAGCCAUUGCUUAAAUAAAAAAAAUAAGCAAACACGUUUGGUGUUUGCCAAAAGGCAUGUGGGAGACUCCCCAAACAAAUGGAAGAAGGUACUCUGGUCAGAUGAGUCUAAAAUUGAGCUUUUUGGCCAUCAAGGAAAACGCUAUGUCUGGAGCAAACCCAACACCUCUCAUCAACCUGAGAACACCAUCCCCACAGUGAAGCAUGGUGGUGGCAGCAUCAUGCUGUGAGGAUGUUUUUCAUCGGCAGGGACUGGGAAGCUGGUCAGAAUUGAAGGAAUGAUGGAUGGCGCUAAAUACAGGGAAAUUCUUGAGGGAAACCUGUUUCAGUCUUCCAGAGAUUUGAGACUUGGACGGAGGUUCACCUUCCAGCAGGACAAUGACCCUAAGCAUACUGCUAAAGCAACACUCGAGUGGUUUAAGGGGAAACAUUAAGAUAUAUUGGAAUGGCCUAGUCAAAGCCCAGACCUCAAUCCAAUUGGGAAUCUGUGGUAUGACUUAAAGAUUGCUGUACACCAGCGGAACCCAUCCAACUUGAAGGAGCUGGAGCAGUUUUGCCUUGAAGAAUGGGCAAAAAUCCCAGUGGCUAGAUGUGCCAAGCUUAUAGAGACAUACCCCAAGAGACUUGCAGCUGUAAUUGCUGCAAAAGGUGGCUCUACAAAGUAUUGACUUUGGUGGGGGUGAAUAGUUAUGCACGCUCAAGUUGUCUGUUUUGUUGUCUUAUUUUCUUGUUUGUUUCACGAUAAAAAAUAUUUUGCAUCUUCAAAGUGGUAGGCAUGUGGUGUUAAUCAAAUGAUACAACCCCCCAAAAAUUCCAGGUUGUAAGGCAACAAAAUAGGAAAAAUGGCAAGUGGGGUGAAUACUUUCACAAGCCACUAUAGGACUCCUAUAACUGCACGUUUCUUUAGGACAUUCAACUUACUGUUGGAUGAAUGCAUGGCUACUAGCAGUGCGUAUUAUAUUUACUGUAAUUCAUGUUUCCACUUCCUCAGGUGGUGAAUCCCAACUUAAUUAGCCUAUGAUAUUAGUUAGUGUACAUAAAGAUGUAUGUAAUUCAUCUCUAUUGAACAAAAAAAAUCUGGAAAUUCUGGAGUCCUUUUUUGACUGUCAAAUAUGAUUUAUCUAUUUUUUUAAUUUUUUUAUUUAACCAGGUAAGCCAGUUGAGAACAAGUUCUCAUUUACAACUGCGACCUGGCCAAGAUAAAGCAAAGCAGUGCGAUAAAAACAACAACACAGAGUUACAUAUGGGGUAAAACAAAACAUAAUGUCAAAAAUACAACAGAAAAUCUAUAUACAGUGUGUGCAAAUGUAGCAAGUUAUGGAGGUAAGGCAAUAAAUAGGCCAUAGUGCAAAAUAAUUACAAUUGAGUAUUAACACUGGAGUGAUAGAUGUGCAGAAGAUGAUGUGCAAAUAGAGAAACUGGGGUGCAAAUGAGCAAAAUAAAUAACAAUAUAGGGAUGAGGUAGUUGGGUGCGCUAAUUUCAGAUGGGCUGUGUACAGGUGCAGUGAUCGGUAAGGUGCUCUGACAACUGAUGCUUAAAGUUAGUGAGGGAGAUAAGAGUCUCCAGCUUCAGAGAUUUUUGCAAUUCGUUCCAGUCAUUGGCAGCAGAGAACUGGAAGGAAUGGCGGCCAAAGGAGGUGUUGGCUUUGGGGAUGACCAGUGAGAUAUACCUGCUGGAGCGCAGACUACGGGUGGGUGUUGCUAUGGUGACCAAUGAGCUAAGAUAAGACCGGGAUUUGCCUAGCAGUGAUUUAUAGAUGACCUGGAGCCAGUGGGUUUGGCGACGAAUAUGUAGUGAGGGCCAGCCAACAAGAGCGUACAGGUCACAGUGGUGGGUAGUGUAUGGGGCUUUGGUGACAAAACGGAUGGCACUGUGAUAGACUACAUCCAAUUUUCUGAGUAGGGUGUUGGAGGCUAUUUUGUAAAUGACAUCGCCGAAGUCAAGGAUCGGUAGGAUAGUCAGUUUUACGAGGGCAUGUUUGGCAGCAUGAGUGAAGGAGGCUUUGUUGCGAAAUAGGAAGCCGAUUCUAGAUCUAACUUUUGAUUGGAGAUGCUUAAUGUGAGUCUGGAAGGAGAGUUUACAGUCUAACCAGACACCUAGGUAUUUGUAGUUGUCCACAUACUCUAGGUCAGACCCGCCGAGAGUAAUGAUUCUAGUCGGGUGGGCGGGUGCAAGCAGCGUUCGGUUGAAGAGCAUGCAUUUAGUUUUACUAGUGUUUAAGAGCAGUUGGAGGCUACGGAAGGAGUGUUGUAUGGCAUUGACGCUCGUUUGGAGGUUUGUUAACACAGUGUCCAAUGAAGGGCCAGAUGUAUACAAAAUGGUGUUGUCUGCGUUGAGGUGGAUCUGAGAGUCACCAGCAGCAAGAGCGGCAUCAUUGAUAUACACAGAGAAUAGAGUCGGACCGAGAAUUGAACCCUGUGGCACCCCCAUAGAGACUGCCAGAGGUCCAGACAACAGGCCCUCCGAUUUGACACAUUUAACUCUAUCUGAGAAGUAGUUGGUGAACCAGGCGAGGCAGUCAUUAAAGAAACCAAGGCUAUUUAGUCUGCCAAUAAGAAUGCGGUGGUUGACAGAGUCGAAAGCCUUGGCCAGGUCGAUGAAGACGGCUGCACAGUACUGUCUUUUAUCGAUCGCGUUAAUAAUAUCGUUUAGGACCUUGAGCAUGGCUGAGGUGCACCCAUGACCAGCUUGGAAACCGGAUUGCAUAGCGGAGAAGGUACGGUGGGAUUCGAAAUGGUCGGUGAUCUGUUUGUUAACUUGGCUUUCAAAUAGUUUCGAAAGGCAGGGCAGGAUGGAUAUAGGUCUGUAACAGUUUGGAUCUAGAGUGUCACCCCCUUUGAAGAGGGGGAUGACCGCGGCAGCUUUCCAAUCUCUGGAGAUCUCAGAUGAUACGAAAGAGAGGUUGAACAGGCUAGUAAUAGGGGUUGCUACAAUUUCGGCUGCUAAUUUUAGAAAGAAAGGGUCCAGAUUGUCUAGCCCAGCUGAUUUGUAGGGGUCCAGAUUGUGCAGCUCUUUCAGAACAUCUGCUGUCUGAAUUUGAGUGAGGGAGAAGCAGGGGGGGUAUGGGCAAGUUGCAGCGGAGGGUGCAGAGCUGGUGGCCGGGGUAGUGGUAGCCAGGUGGAAAGCAUGGCCAGCCGUAGCAAAAUGCUUGUUGAAAUUCUCGAUUAUUGUAGAUUUAUCGUGGUGACAGUGUUUCCUAGCCUCAGUGCAGUGGGCAGUUGGGAGGAGGUGCUCUUAUUCUCCAUGGACUUUACAGUGUCCCAAAACUUUUUGGAGUUAACUAUAGUCUAAUUGUCAACCCAAAAUUCAUGACAAUCAGUGGAUUAGGUUGCACAUCAAAAUAUAUGGAAUCAUGCAUUCUUGCUUGGAAAUGUUAGAUGAAACAACUUAUUUAUUGAAUACCCCAGUAGUCUAUUUCUUACACUUAUCAAAUCAAAUCAAAUGUUAUUGGUCACAUACACAUAUUUAGCAGAUGUUUUGCGGGUGUAGCGAAAUGCUUGUGUUCCUAGCUCCAACAGUGCAGUAGUAUCUAACAAUUCACAACAAUACACACACAUCUAAAAGUAAAAGAAUGGAAUUAAGAAAUACAUAAAUAUUAGGAUGAGCAAUGUCGGAAUGGCAUUGACUAGAAUACAGUAGAGAAUGCAGUAUAUACAUAUGAAAUGAGUAAAACUGUAUGUAAACAUUAUUAAAGUGGCCAGUGUUCCAUUAUUAAAGUGGCCAGUGAUUCCAUGUCUAUGUACAUAGGGCAGCAGCCUCUAAGGUGCAGGGUUGAGUAGCCGGGGGGUAGCCGGCUAGUGGUGGCUAUUUAACAGUCUGAUGGCCUUGUGAUAGAAGGUGUUUUUCAGCCUCUCUGUGCCAGCUUUGAUGCACCUGUACUGACCUCGCCUUCAGGAUGAUAGCGGGGUGAACAGGCCGUGGCUCGGGUGGUUGAUGUCCUUGAUUAUCUUUUUGGCCGUCCUGUGACAUUGGGUGCUGUAGGUGUCCUGGAGGGCAGGUAGUUUGCCCCCGGUGAUGCGUUGGGCAGACCACACCACCCUUUGGAGAGCCCUGUGGUUGCGAGCGGUGCAGUUGCCGUACCAGGCGGUGAUACAGCCCGACAGGAUGCUCUCAAUGGUGCAUCUGUAAAGGUUUGUGAGGGUCUUAGGGGCCAAGCCGAUUUCUUCAGCCUCCUGAAGAUUGUGGGUGAUGUGUACGCCGAGGAACUUGAAGCUUUUCACCUUCUCCACUGCGGUCUUGUCGAUGUGGAUAGGGGCAUGCUCUCUCUGCUGUCUCCUGAAGUCCACGAUCAUCUCCUUUGUUUUGUUGACGUUGAGGGAGAGGUUAUUUUCCUGGCACCACACUCCCAGAGCCCUCACCUCCUCCCUGUAGGCUGUCUCGUCAUUGUUGGUAAUCAGGCCUACUACUGUUGUGUCAUCUGCAAACCUGAUGAUUGAGUUGGAGGCGUGCUUGGCCACGCAGUCAUGGGUGAACAGGGAGUACAGGAGGGGGUUGAGCACACACCCUUGUGGGGCCCCAGUGUUGAGGAUCAGCGAAGUGGAGAUGUUGUUUCCUACCUUCACCACCUGGGGGCGGCCCAUCAGGAAGUCCAGGACCCAGUUGCACAGGGCGGGGUUCAGACACAGGUCCUUGAGCUUAAUGAUGAGCUUGGAGGGUACUAUGGUGUUGAAUGCUGAGCUAUAGUCAAUGAACAGCAUGCAGUGCGAUGGCGAUUGCAUCAUCUGUGGAUCUAUUGGGGCGGUAUGCAAAUUGAAGUGGGUCUAGGGUGACAGGUAAGGUAGAGGUGAUAUGAUCCUUAACUAGCUUCUCGAAGCAACUAGCUUCUUUAUGAUGACAGAGGUGAGUGCUACAGGGCGAUAGUCAUUUAGUUCAGUUACCUUUGCUUUCUUGGGUACAGGAACAAUGGUGGCCAUCUUGAAGCAAGUGGGGACAGCAGACUGGGAUAGGGAGAGAUUGAAUAUGUCCGUAAACAAUCCAGCCAGCUGGUCUGCGCAUGCUCUGAGGACGCGGCUAGGGAUGCCGUCUGGGCCGGCAGCCUUGUAAGGGUUAACGCGCUUUAAUGUCUUACUCACAUCGGGAACGCAGAACGAGAGCACACAGUCCUCGGGAGCAGGCCGCGUCGGUGGCACUGUGUUAUCCUCAAAACGGGUAGGUUUUAAUAGUGGGAACACGUGUCCGUGUUCAAAUUCAACAUCAAUGUUAUUCUCAGAGCCUCAAGAGGAAUGUGUUCCCUUCCUAUAGCUUCUAGUUAGCAGAAUGUGUUCCCUUCCUAUAGCUUCUAGUUAGCAGAAUGUGUUCCCUUCCUAUAGCUUCUAGUUAGCAGAAUGUGUUCCCUUCCUAUAGCUUCUAGUUAGCAGAAUGUGUUCCCUUCCUAUAGCUUCUAGUUAGCAGAAUGUGUUCCCUUCCUAUAGCUUCUAGUUAGCAGAAUGUGUUCCCUUCCUAUAGCUUCUAGUUAGCAGAAUGUGUUCCCUUCCUAUAGCUUCUAGUUAGCAGAAUGUGUUCCCUUCCUAUAGCUUCUAUUUAGCAGAAUGUGUUCCCUUCCUAUAGCUUCUAGUUAGCAGAAUGUGUUCCCUUCCUAUAGCUUCUAGUUAGCAGAAUGUGUUCCCUUCCUAUAGCUUCUAGUUAGCAGAAUGUGUUCCCUUCCUAUAGCUUCUAGUUAGCAGUAUGUGUUCCCUUCCUAUAGCUUCUAGUUAGCAGAAUGUGUUCCCUUCCUAUAGCUUCUAGUUAGCAGAAUGUGUUCCCUUCCUAUAGCUUCUAGUUAGCAGAAUGUGUUCCCUUCCUAUAGCUUCUAGUUAGCAGAAUGUGUUCCCUUCCUAUAGCUUCUAGUUAGCAGUAUGUGUUCCCUUCCUAUAGCUUCUAGUAAAAAGUGCCGUAUUUUCUAUGAUUGAUUUGUAUGCUCAUCCUCCACCUCAGUAACCCUCUGCCUGUUUGUGUGUUCUUCUCCAGGGUGAAGGAGCAGUUUCCUGGAACAGAGGUGGACAUGUUUGCCCAUUUCAUAGGUGAGUCUCUGAAGAGGACCAAGGUCAGGGAGUAUGUUCCGUCUCAGGAGGAGAUCGUAGCCCUACUGACCAGGCAGGAAAUGGCUACUACGGUCUAUUGCCACGGAGGAGGAUCCUGCAAGAUCUCCAUCAACUCACACACCACCGCCGGAGAGGUAACUAAUGCUGCUCUGCUCUGACGCGCUGUUCUGUCGUAUGUCCAGUUCUGUGGAUUAUACAAGAAAAAGUAUGUUUUCCACAAGGAGUAGUAGCUGUAAAAAUACAGGAAUUUUUGCCAGGGGCAAUCCAUACAUCAACUUUCUCCACCCCCUUCUCCACCCCCCUCCCUCAGCUGUUUAGUGGCGGGGUGUCAGUUUAGUUGUUUUUUAAAUCCCAGAUUGCCCCUUUAAGUAUCUCUGUGUGCUUUGCGGUGUCCAGGUGGUUAGGUUUAGUCAGAUGUCUUAUUGUCCCUCUGUCCUGCCUGUCCCCAGGUGGUGGAGAAGUUGAUCCGAGGCCUGGCCAUGGAGGACAGUAGAAACAUGUUUGCCCUGUUUGAACACAACAACGCUAUGGACCGGGCUGUGGAGAGCAGAGUCAUCGUGGCU